AAUUGCUCUCUCUCCUCCAGUUUUCAGUCUUUAGACAUCAUUUUGGGUGAAAAUGUAGGAAAUGUUGUGCCGGUCGCAGACAUGUGAAUAUGGAGUCUAUUGGACUUAACGUUUUUGCGAAUAUUGAUCUGAUCAUGGCUGUGACCAACCAACCAGGCAGCUACGCACCCUCCGAGUUCCAGACAGGCCUGUGUGAUAUCUGCGAUGAUUGUGGAACUUGCUGGUAUGGUCUGUGCUGCUACACGUGCCUCGGCUGCAGCAUCGCCAGUGACAUGAACGAGUGCUGCCUGUGUGGUCUGGGCAUGCCGAUCCGCAGCGUCUACAGGACCAAAUACAACAUCAGGGGGUCACUGUGU